AUACGCGGAAGCGACAGGCGGAAGAAGGAGCCUCGACGGAAGCGGUCUGAUCUGUCAAGGGAGGAAAUUUUUUUUGCAGAAUUUGACACAAAGAGCCACCAAAUAGCACCGAUCAUUCCCCCCCUUUUCCUCGACACCGGCGUCCGCUGCGAUGAUCCUGUUAGAAAUCAAUAACCGCAUUAUAGAGGAGACGCUGUCGUUGAAGUUCGACGGCGCUUCUAACGGAACCAAGCCAGAGGCCGUCGAUGUGACGUUUGCAGAUUUCGAUGGCGUCUUGUACCACAUCUCCAACCCCAAUGGGGACAAGACCAAAGUGAUGGUCAGCAUCUCCCUGAAGUUCUACAAGGAGCUGCAGGAGCACGGAGCUGACGAGCUGCUCAAAAGGGUCUAUGGGAAUUUCCUGGUUUCAACAGAGGCUGGCUACAACGUGUCCCUCCUGUACGACCUGGACGCCCUACCCGCCAAUAAAGAUGAGGUUAUCCACCAGGCGGGAAUGCUCAAGAGGAACUGCUUCGCCUCCGUUUUUGAAAAGUACUUCAAGUUCCAGGAGGAGGGCAAAGAGGGCGAGCAGAGGGCUGUGGUCCACUACAGAGAUGAUGAGUCUAUGUAUGUUGAGGCCAAGAAGGACAGAGUGACGGUGGUCUUCAGCACAGUGUUCAAAGACGACGACGACGUCAUCAUCGGCAAAGUCUUCAUGCAGGAGUUCAAAGAGGGUCGGCGAGCUAGCCACACAGCUCCCCAGGUGCUGUUCAGCCACCGGGAGCCUCCUCUGGAGCUGAAGGACACAGACGCCGCCGUCGGGGACAACAUUGGAUACAUCACCUUCGUCCUGUUCCCUCGUCACACCAAUGCCAAUGCCAGAGACAACACCAUCAACCUCAUCCACACCUUCAGGGACUACCUGCACUACCACAUAAAGUGCUCCAAGGCCUACAUUCACACACGCAUGAGGGCCAAGACGUCGGACUUCCUCAAGGUGCUGAACCGCGCUCGACCCGACGCCGAGAAGAAGGAGAUGAAGACCAUCUCCGGAAAGACCUUCUCCCGCUGAGGCCGAUUUCCCCAUCAGAGAAAUCCAAACCCCCGUGGACACGCCCAAACACACCACACUGAGACUUAACGCCACAUCGGACAGGACUCCAGGACGCCAAUAAAUGCCCCGGCCAGCCCCCCC